GGGGAGAGCGAGUGUGCGGCUUAGUUAAGCCUAAUGUGGUUAAAAGCUUUAAUAUUGAUGGCCUGUCAACUUUGUCCCGAUUCUUUGCCUUUCAGUUAAAAGGUUUUUGUUGUUGUAGCUUAUGCAGUGGCUCCGUUGCUAUGGGAACGUGACAUCGAAAUGACGUCCCUCUGUUUAAAAGCUUUUAGCUAAAUUCCAGCCUGUCAGAUGUGCUAGGCCCCAUCUUCUGCCGCCAGCCACGGCUGUGCCGGAGAGCCGCCCACGGGCGGCAGCUGCCAUGGCUGCCACCCCGACCCCUGCCUGCCUGCUCUCCGUCCAGAGCGAGAAGCACCGCCGGGCGCGCAACUGGACCGAAGCCGAGAUGAGAGGCCUGAUGCUGGUCUGGGAGGAAUUCUUUGAGGAGCUCAAGCAGACCAAGAGGAAUGCCAAAGUUUACGAGAAAAUGGCCAACAAACUCUUCGAAAUGACGGGUGAGAUCCGGCACGGAGAAGAGAUCAAGAUCAAAAUCACCAACAUGACUUUCCAGUACAGGAAAUUAAAAUGCAUGACCGAUAGUGAAACUUUGGCGCCCGAUUGGCCUUAUUUCAAAACCAUUGAUAGAAUAUUAUCUAAAGUUUCGGAGCACAACGAUGUCAAGAUUCACGAUAGCCAGCAACCAGGCCCUUCCACCUCACAGACUGAAGCCUCCCAGUCGCCCUCCACCAAAUCAGCACCUCUCUAUUUGCCCUAUAACCAGUUCCCGUACGAAGGACGAGAUGAAUUCUUCGAAGACGCGCAUUCGGACAGCUCCUCCAGCCUAAUUUCGUAUAAAUUAAGAACAGAAGAGCGACCGGUGAAGAAAAGAAAAGUGCAGAGCUGCAGUUUUCAGAAGAAGAAAUUGAAGCUGAUGGAGGCCAUGCUGGAAGAGCAGAAGAAGCUGAGCAGGGCCAUGGAGGAAACGUGUCGCGAAGUGCGAAGGACUCUGGAUCAGCAAAACAUUAUCCAGGUCCAGAGCCUGCAGCUGCAGGAACGAAUGAUGAAUUUACUGGAGAAGAUGAUCACCAAAGCCAACGUUUAAAUUUCUACCUGGAG